AUAGAAAAUCCUGUAAAAGUAGUAUCAGAUUUUCACUCAUACAAAUAAUUUUCGUUUGCAUGUCUGAGAUCAAACCUACUAUAGCCAUCAUAGUGGCUGCCCUAAAGCCAGAUCUUGCCAUAGGGUUCCAAGGUAAAAUGCCCUGGAGGUUACGGAAAGAGAUCCGCUACUUCAAGGACGUCACCACCAAGACCUCAGAUCCAUCUAAGAUCAAUGCUGUGGUGAUGGGACGAAAGACGUGGGAUUCGAUUCCAGCUAGAUUCAGACCUUUACCAGAUAGAAUCAAUAUUGUCCUCUCGCGAUCGUUCCAGAACGAGACUGUUGACACCAACGUGAUACACGCCAACUCCAUAGCAAACUCACUUAGUCAGUUGCAGCCAAAUGUCGAGAGAGUCUUCGUUAUCGGUGGAGCGGAAAUCUACAAUGAAUUGAUUAACGAUUCGAGAGUGACCCAUUUACUACUCACAGAAAUCGAAAAUACCAAUGAGGACAACCAAAUCGCCGUAGAUACCUUCUUGAAGUUUCCGUUGUAUAGUACAGAUUCACAAUGGAGAAAGCAACCGAAGCUGGAAUUACAAAAGUUUAUAGGCUCGUCCAUCACCUUAGAAGAUGACAUUUCCGAAGGCGACCUUAAAUAUAAUUACACAUUAUGGACAAGAAGGGCUGGAUAAUGGUAAUGGCUAUCUUUCAUAAUGUCUUGUCGUCGUAUUUAAGAAUGUCUAUACACUUCAUCCAAGUAUCGAAUUACAGAAUAAUUAUGUUACUAUGUACAUUACUAUUAGAAAAGGUUUAUAAACAUCGUUACUUGC